AUGGUUGGCUUCAAGAGCUUUGCCGCCCUUUUCCUUGCGGCCCUUGGCGCCGCUGCUCCUGCUCCCUCUGGCGGCAAGUACAUCGUCACGCUCAAGGAUGGUGUUACUGCCAGCAAGGUCGCGUCUCACUUGCAGUGGGUGAAUGAUGUUCACGCUCGCAGCCUCGGCCGCCGUGACCUCAACCUCAACGGUGUCGAGAAGACCUAUGAGAUUGGUAGCUUCAACGGUUACGCUGGCAACUUUGACGCCGCUACCGUUGAGGAGAUCCGCAACAACCCGGAGGUUGAGGAGAUUGAGCUAGACCAGGAGUGGACUCUGUACGCUCUGACCACUCAGUCCGAGGUCCCCCACGGCCUGUCCACCAUCUCGCACCGCCAGUCCGGCGCCAGCAACUACAUCUACGACAGCACCGCUGGCCAGGGUGCCUACGCUUACGUCGUCGACUCGGGUGUCAACAUUGACCACGUCGAGUUCGAGGGCCGUGCUACCCGCGGCUACAACGCUGCUGGCGGCGAGGACGUCGACACCAUCGGCCACGGCACCCACGUCUCCGGCACCAUUGCCUCCAAGUCGUAUGGUGUGGCCAAAAAGGCCAGCAUCGUCUCCGUCAAGGUCUUCAGCGGUCCUACCGCGGAUACUUCCGUCAUCCUCGACGGCUACAACUGGGCCGUCAACGACAUCGUCGCCAAGCGCCGCCAGUCUCGCUCCGUCAUCAACCUAUCCCUGGGCGGCGGUGCCUCGACCGCCUUUGACCGUGCCGUGGCCAGCGCCUACCAGCAGGGUGUUCUCAGCGUCGUCGCCGCCGGCAACGAGAACCAGGACGCCAACAACGUCUCCCCCGCCCGCGCCCCCCAGGCCAUCACCGUCGCCGCCGUCAACUCCGAGUGGUCUCGCUGGAUUUGGAACAGUCGCCAGGGCUCCAACUACGGCACGCCCGUCGACAUCUACGCUCCCGGUGAGGAUGUUCUCUCCACCUGGAUCGGCUCCAACACUGCCACCAACACCAUCACCGGCACCUCGAUGGCUACUCCCCACAUUGCUGGUCUGGCCAUCUACCUUGCCGUUCUCGAGAACCUGAGCACCCCCGCCGCUGUCACCAGCCGCAUCAAGCAGCUUGGUACCAAGGAUAAGGUUGUUGGCAACGUUGGCAAGACUGUCAACCUGCUCUCUUACAACGGCAACCAGUAA